CGCGGAAUCUUAUUGAUCCAGGAGGAGCUAAUUAUCUCUUCCCCUCGUGACUGUGUAAUCAGCACAUGCGCAGUCUGUUAAUUCCAGCCAUUUUUUUGCAGGAAAGUAAUUAGCAGGAAUAAAGACCGGACUGAUUUUUUUCACUCUCUCCUCCUUCCUCGCACAGAGCCGAGGCGCGUCCGUCGUCUGCAUUACAACCAAAAAACAAAACCCCUUUUAAAUGCUUUAAGAAACAGUAAAAUACCUCUUUUAACUUCAGCACCAUGAUGUCUAGAGCAGAGUGAGCGCGUGCAUCUGUGCGAAUGGGAUCUAUAAGCGUGUUUACUGGAAUACAAAGCAACGCAUCCAAAUGCCAGGGUGGGAUGAAUGUGCUCAGUAGCUCAGAGGAUGGAGUGUUGUGACUCUGUCCCCAUCGAUGGAGCCUCUGGUCUCCACACACAACAGCCUCCCGGGCUCUGCAGAACACUGGCCCCCAGUCCUUUCGUACUGGCCAUAGAUCAAGCCAUUCAUCUGAGCACAACGACUGUAUCCAAACAGGGUGGACUAGUGGGCCGUACUGAGGAGAAGGGACUUGAGGAGAGGUAUGGAGAAAGAAUUAGAGAAAAGCAGGUUGAUGAACACUCUACCAGAAAGAUGAUAAAAGACGAAGGUGUGAGGGAAAAGCACGAUGAAGAGGUAGAUGAAGAUGAUGUGAAACCUAUUGGAAAGAUCUUGUACCAGAACGAUGGCUCUGCUUAUGUGACAGAGGAAGAGAGUCAGAUUUCAUGUGGAAUUCCCUCCUCCUUGUCAGGUGUCCCACCAUCCAUCAUUAACACGUGUUACGUUUCCUCUUCUCAAAGCCCUGCUCCACAUGCUUUUCAUGUCUUCCACAUGCAUCACCUCGACAACAGUGAAAGUUUAGCUCUGAUGACCCGCCAAUCCAAAGAAAAUGCUCCUGACAUGGCAGGAUUGUCAGAAGCAGAGGUGACACGGUCCGGUCAAACCAAACCCAUCCUGAUGUGCUUUCUCUGUCGGCUGUCAUUUGGUCGAUCACAUUCGUUUAGGGCUCAUGCUUUACGGCAACAUAGCAUCACCUUUAGUGAUGACGAACAGCAUUUGCUCUCUUUUAAUAACACCUCUGCCAUAUUACAGCAUGCCGGGCCAGGCGACAAGCCACUCCUCUGUUUCCUCGAACCAAAAAGGAAUUGCGAGUCUGUGGUACCUCUUAACUCGGCACCACCAACUUCUGGGAAAGAGGACACGGCAAGACGAAAAGAAAAUGAAGAGGCUGAGACCUAUGAACCGAGACUCCCUCUCCUGCCCUCUCCAUCCAGAAUCUCCCCUGCUACCUCAGUACCAAGCCCUGCCAAAGAUCCCUCAACCCUGGGCAGAGACGGCAAACAGAGAGGAAAGGAGGAUGAGAUAGAGAAAGAUGAAGGAUGUAGUGAGGGAGGAGAGAGGAGAAUGUGUUUAGAGUUAGGUAGCACUGUGGAAAACAGUGCAUACAGUAUUAGCAGCAGUAGCAGACAAGAGCACAAUACUGAAGCUGCUCUGUCAAACCAAAGCAUUUCAAAACCUCCAAACUCUGCAACAAUAGCAACCAGCUUUAUGAACAACACCAAAACCCUUACAGACUCUGAGACAGAGUGUGGAACAAGCUUUAACUGCCACGACCCUGCACCUGCUUCCCUUGUUGUGGUAAACCCGCCUACUGUCAAUACUACUGAACAACUUGCCAACCAAGAGAGUGCCACAGCAACAGAACCAAAUGACCAAUUAGAAAACGGUAGUGCCGUAGCAAUGGAACCAACCACUAGGUUGUCUGAUGACGACAGACUACCUAUCACUCAUUCUGACCUGCCCAAUAAUCACAGCCAAUCCACAGCCCCUACGCUCAGUCCCACCAUUAUCCAGAGCAGCCAGUCUAUUCUUGAAGAAGGGAAUUCGGACACGGCCUCUAGAGGAAGGUUGGUAGUGGCCGGUGAUGGAGGCUUUGUUGCCAUCGGAGAUGACGUCCAAGCAUCUUACGCUUACGGUGUGCAGGCCUCUAUGGCACACACCAGAAACUCCUGCAAGACAUUGAAGUGUCCCAAAUGCAACUGGCACUACAAAUACCAGCAAACUCUGGAAGCCCAUAUGAAGGAGAAACACCCAGAAACGGAGUCUGGACAGUGUCCGUACUGCAGCAGUGGACAAAGCCACCCACGCUUAGCAAGAGGUGAGACUUACUCCUGUGGCUACAAGCCCUUUAGAUGCCAGGUAUGCCAGUAUUCCACCACCACCAAGGGCAACCUGAGCAUCCACAUGCAGUCGGACAAGCACCUGAACAACAUGCAGAGCUUGCAGACGCAGUCACAUGCACACACCCCAGCAGCUCAGCCCAGCCCUUUAUCCCAUUCACAUGCUACCCUCGCUCAGCCCACCCAAGCCAACUCCUCCUCUCCUUCUACACUUCGGGGACGUGCAUCAUGGCGGUGCGAAGUCUGUGACUACGAGACCAACGUGGCAAGGAACCUGCGUAUCCACAUGACCAGUGAGAAGCACACACACAACGUGCUUCUGCUGCAGCAGAACCUGGCACACAUGCAACGUCAGCGCAAGCACAAUGCUACCGAGCUUUACCGGCACUGCCACCCUCAAACCAAACUGCCUGACUCCAGCGAUGAGGCCCAACAUGACUCGGCACAGAAACUCUUUGAAUGCAUUCUGUGUGGCUGUUUUUCCUGUGACACUCUUGAAGAGCUAAGUCAACACCUGACCAUGCAGCGCUCAUUGCCCAACACCUACUGGAGAAGCACAACCGGUGACACCCAUCAUUGUCGACUCUGCCAUUACGCCACUCCUCUGCGAGCUAACUUCCAGCUGCACUGCCAGACAGACAAACACAUACAGCGCUACCAGUUAGCCGCACAUCUCCGAGAGGCCAGUAGUCACCAUGGAAACAUUGAAGACGAGGAGGAAGAGUGGCAUCUUAGGUGUGUUGCUGCUGGAAACCAGGUGCAGCUAAGGUGCGGUGCAUGUGACUAUGAAGCCAAUAGCUUGGAGAAACUGAAGCUACACACCAUGAACUCCAGGCACGAGGCCAGCCUUAGACUUUACAAGUAUUUGCAGCAGCUGGAUGGAGUGGACUCUGAAGGCGUCUGGCUGCACUGCGUGCUGUGUGAUUUCUCCACUCGCAGCAGCGUUUCUUUAGUGCGGCACUCGCAUUCACUAAGCCACCAGAGAGGGGAGGGGCUGCUCCGAAUCCAGCGAAUCCAGAAGGGUCUGCAGGACGAGGAGGAGCUCGGUGCCAUCUUUACAAUCCGAAAAAGCCAUGCUCAAGAAAAUGGAGAACAUAAGGGGAUGGACUCUCCCCCGGAGGUUACGGCUAACAAGGAGGACAGCGCAGGAAAGAAAUCAGAAGGAUUCAUUCAGACAGAGGUGGAGCAAAGUGAGUUGUCCUCGAUUCCCAAGCGUCCCUCGCCUGGAUCUGAAGACUCGGAUGAGCCUUCACCCUGUAAACGGCCACGUGUACAUGAAGAGAUGCGCCAGUGUCCGUUCUGUCGGUUUCGUCACACAGACAUUGAGCGUUUGAGGAGUCAUGUGAUGAACCAGCAUGCAGUUCAGCCCACUCUCCGCUGCCCGCUGUGCCAGGACACGCUGCACAGUGUUGCCCUCUUGCGUACCCAUCUGACACAUCUGCACAGCGUAACGGCAGACUGUACUCAAAAACUCAUCAGCACGGUGAUUGCGUCAGACGUGCUGCCAGAGAAAAUGUUUCUACCAGUGCAGAAUUCAGAUUCCCAACAGACAAUGAAUGGUCUAAACACUAAUGAAACAAAGAGAUUGGAUGAAAUUAUAGCAGAUGCUGAACCCGAAAGAGGUUCCACACCUCAAGAAACAGCAAAAAUCCAUAAGCAACCUUCAGAAGAUGCAGAAUCCACAAAGGAGAACAGUGCAGCUUUUCCAUGCUGGCAAAAAGGCUGUAACAAAGUCUUUAUAUCCUCAAGUGCACUUCAAACGCACUUCAACCAGCUUCAUAGUCAGAAAUCUCCUACGGCAAUAUCCGACAGACACAUUUACAAGUACCGGUGCAAUCAGUGCAGUCUGGCUUUCAAAACCCCUGAAAAGCUGCAACAGCAUUCUCAGUACCACGCUAUCAGAGCUGCAACCAUGUGCUGCCUCUGCCAACGUAGUUUUCGUACACUGCAGGCACUUCGGAAACACCUUGAGACAAACCACCUGGAGCUAAGUGAAACCCAGAUACAGCAGCUUUAUGGUGGUUUGAUGAUGAAUGGUGAGUCCCUGGUCUCUACAGACCAAGCUUUUGGUGAAGACGAAGAAUCACCAGAGGAAACUGUAAUGAAAGAUGAUGAAGAAUAUGACUUGGAGGAGAAACUAAGUCCUACUGACCAUGAUGCAGGUUUGGUUAAAGACGGUGCUGAAUGCGACCUUAAACAACCUGUUCUUCCACUGCGAAAAGGCCCAAAUAUCACAAUGGAGAAAUUCCUGGAUCCAUCAAGGCCUUUCAAAUGUACAGUUUGCAAGGAGUCUUUUACCCAGAAGAAUAUUCUAUUGGUUCACUAUAACUCAGUGUCACACUUACAUAAACUAAAACGGUCUUUGCACGACACGUCAACUGGCGUGCAAGAACCUGUUAACAGUACAGACCACAAACCAUUCAAAUGUAGCAUUUGCAAUGUAGCGUACAGCCAGAGUUCAACUUUAGAGAUUCACAUGCGUUCUGUCCUGCACCAGACCAAAGCUCGUGCAUCCAAGCUUGAUUCAUCUAGCUCAAGCUCAGAAUCAGUUAGCCCCCUUCCAGGCAAAGCAGUGUUAAGCACCCCUGGAACCCCGAAGUCUGUGACUUCCAUGAACAGUGCUAUCCUAAGCCACAAACAAAACAGUGACCACAAUGGCACAACUGCAAACACGGAUAACAGCCAACCUUCAACAUCUGAAGUCAGGACAAAGUUGGUAGACAUGAUUGAUUCAGCUACUAAGCAACAACAGAUGUCAUUACAGCAGCCAUUACAGCAACAACAGCAGUUCGCCCAGGCUCAUGCCCAUCUCCAACAAGAGCUCCAAAAGAAAGCUGCCCUUCUUCAGUCCCAUUUAUUUAAUCCUGCACUUUUACAUCCUUUCCCUAUGGCAACAGAGGCUCUUCUUCCAGGGCAACAGCAGCAGCAGUUUCUUUUUCCUUUCCUUAUUUCAGGAGGAGAGUUUCAUAUGAAUCCAGAGUUAAAUCUGAAGGGUUCUGGGCUAAACCUAAACACGUUAAAGCCUGUUGUAAAUGAGAAUCCUGCUGAUGGCCUGAUAUAUUGUCCUACACAGAAACAAAACAGAGAUCAAACUCAUACUUUUCAGCAAACUGCCCCUGUAGAUCCCACAGAGAAUUGUGCCACUCAUCAUGAUGAAUUAAAACUGUCCAGUGAUUCACAGUGUGAAAAGGACACAGCUGGUCAAAACAAUAGUAAAGAAUCAAAAGAGACGGAUGAUCUGAAUAGAACUGAAAAAGACGAUAAUCUUAAAGGCAGCAAAGGCCUAAAUGAAGAGGUGUCAGACAAUGGAGACAUUUCAAAUGAAUUCCUUCCACCCAGAAUAGCCCAUGAUGCACCUGGAAAUGCUUCAAGGGCUUUGCUUGAGAACAUUGGGUUUGAGUUAGUUGUGCAGUUCAAUGAAAACAAGCAGCGAUAUCAGAAAAAUCUUGCUGAGCCAUUACCAAAUGAAGUGGGUGAUGUAUCCGAUGCCAAAGAGCUUGAUAAUUCAGUGAACACAAAGAAGCAGGAAUGUGAGCCUUGCGGUAAGCUUUUUUCAAAUGCAUUGAUACUGAAGAGCCAUAAAGAGCAGAUUCAUGGUUCCAUUUUCCCUAUCAAGUCAUUGGAGAAAUUUGCGAAAGACUACAGGGAGCAAUAUGACAAACUCUUCCCACUGAGAUCUACAACUCCUGAGGCUUCUCCUGUAUCUUCUCCAUCUCCGUCACCUCCUGCACCCCCUCCCACUUCAGUGCAGCAGCAGCCACAACAACAACAGCAGCCACAACAACAACAACAACAAGCAGAGCAACCAAUUAUACCUGUAUCACUCAGUGCUACUCCUACAACUGUCUCCAUUCCGCAAAUUAAAGGUCCAUUAGCCCCAAUUCCUCUAUCCAUGGAACUGCCACUCUUUCCUCCCCUCCUGAUGCCUCCAUUACCUUUGCAAGCUUUGACUUCACAGGUCCCUGUUCAUCUGCCCCAAGUGGAGCCUGGCCUGACAGCUGAUUUGACUCAGCUCUAUCAACACCAGUUAACUCCAGCCAUGUUACAGCAACAAAGUAAAAGACCACGAACCAGAAUCACAGAUGACCAGCUGAGAAUCCUGCGUCAGUAUUUUGACAUUAACAACUCCCCAAAUGAAGACCAGAUCCAUGAGAUGGCCAACAAAUCAGGUUUGCCACAUAAAGUCAUAAAGCACUGGUUUCGGAACACUCUGUUUAAGGAACGCCAGCGCAACAAGGAUUCUCCAUACAACUUUAGUAACCCUCCCAUCACAACCCUGGAAGAUGUAAAUGAGGAUACCAGGCCACCCUCUCCAGAUCCACCAAGGCAAGAGUGUUAUGGAGGGAGGAGAUCUUCAAGAACCAGAUUUUCUGAUUACCAACUGAGAGCACUGCAGGAUUUCUUUGAUGCCAAUGCAUACCCCAAAGAUGAUGAAUUUGAGCAGCUAUCUAACCUCCUCAAUCUUUCCACACGUGUGAUUGUGGUAUGGUUUCAAAAUGCCCGCCAAAAAGCUCGAAAAAACUAUGAGAACCAAGGUGAGAGAGUGAAGGAAGGUGAACGUCGAGAUCUAUCUAAUGAUCGCUACUUUAGAAAUUCCAACAACAGUUUCCAGUGUAAGAAAUGCAGCACAGUAUUUCAGCGCAUAUUUGAUCUUAUCAAUCAUCAGAAAAAACAUUGUUACAAAGAUGAGGAUGAGGAAAUGCAGGAUGACCUGAAUGAAACUGCGAUGGAGUUCAAGAUUGAGUGUCAUAGUCCAAUAUCUGGACCCUCACCAUUCACACAAGCAAACAUGUGCUCGAGCCCUUCUAGUUCAUCUGUGUCUAGCACCAAUGUAAAGUCCAUCGAUUCUGAGCAUCUGCACACUGAAAACCUCACCAGAGAGCUUAAACAGAAAAGUGAAGGAUCAUCUGACAUAAAAGAGGCAGAAAGUGUCAAUUCUGAGGAAGCAGAGAACAACAUGCAACAGCCAAAAUCUCAAUGUGAGGAGAAACAAAAUGCAAGCACAGAGAUUCACACUCAUUCACUUCCUAAACAACAAAAGCUUUCCUGCAUAUCUCAACCAAGCCCAACUCCGUCACAGAGCCCCUCCAAAAAUGUUAGUCCUUUAGAGACUUCAACCUCAACUGAACAACCACGGCAAAAGCCAGCCCAGGAAAUAAGCCCUUACCAAUGCAUCCAGUGUAAAUUGAGCUUCCCUUCUUUUGAACAUUGGCAAGAGCACCAGCAAAUGCAUUUCCUUACUCAAAGCUAUUUUCCUACCCCAGAGUUCCUGGACCGGCCUGUGGACAUGCCUCUUAUGCUGUUUGAUCCUACUAACCCUCUACUGGCAAGGCAUUUGCUUUCAGGUACAAUUCCUCAGAUAGCAGCAAAUGCACCCCCAAUGACCACUAUACCUGAUUCAACCAUAAACUCUCUGAAAAGGAAGCUUGAAGAGAAAGCAGGAUCCAGUUCUAUGGAAAAUGAUUGGGAAAAUAACAGUGAUGAACCCCACAGAGACAAACGCAUGAGAACCACCAUAACACCAGAGCAGCUCGAGGUGUUAUAUCAGAAAUAUCUUUUAGACUCCAAUCCGACACGCAAAAUGCUUGACCAUAUCUCCAGUGAGGUGGGUCUAAAGAAAAGAGUAGUUCAGGUCUGGUUCCAGAAUACCCGAGCACGUGAGAGGAAAGGUCAAUUUCGGGCUAUGGGUCCAACUCAAAUCCAUCGUCGCUGCCCAUUCUGCCGUGCUCUGUUUAAGGCACAGACUGCUCUUGCUGCCCACAUACGUUCACGUCACUGGCAUGAAGCAAGAAAUGCAGGAUAUAGUAUGGCUAUAUCUCAAGAUCAAGAAGGUUCUUAUAUCAAAGCUGAUUCAUUUGAUUUUGCUAAUUAUUCUCAGUUUUCAGACACCAUCGGUCAUUUAGAUUCUCCAACAAGUAAAAGCAAUGACAUGUCCUCACAUCAGCAGCGUCUCAGCCCUAGGCCCUUAAAGGGUGAGGGAAUAGAAGAUUUUGAGAUCACUUCCAUGAAAAGCUAUCAGACUUUUGAACUGAGCAAGCUGAAUAACUGUGAGCCUAGCCCAGACACGACCCAUGAACAUGCAACUGAUGAAGGAAAUGACUCUCUAGAAGGUAAACAUGACAGCAUGUCACCUAAUACAGAAAGAGAAGCUUCUUCAGAAAAUGAUGAAAAGAUGUCUUCUGGACUUGUUAGCCCAGCAAUAAGUUUUAAUGCUAAAGAUUUUGAUAACGAUUUAGUCCUGGAUUACAGUGAAAAUUCCAGUCUGGCUGAUCCAGCUUCACCAUGUCCUGGUAGCUCCAACAGUCAAGGCUUUGACAGUGACAGACAGAGUCAAAAGCGUCACCGUACUCAAAUGACCAAUCUACAGGUAAAAAUUCUCAAAGCCUGCUUUAGUGACUAUAAAACUCCAACAAUGCUUGAGUGUGAAGCUUUGGGAAAUUACAUCGGACUUGCUAAGAGGGUUGUUCAGGUGUGGUUUCAGAAUGCUCGAGCCAAGGAGAAGAAGGCCAAGCUUAGUCUUGCCAAGCAGUUCGGUACAGAGAGUACCUCUAUUGAUAGACCAAAAACAGAGUGCACUCUGUGCUCUGUCAAAUACAGCGGACGCUUGUCUGUUCGUGACCAUGUAUUUUCCCAGCAACACCUUGGUAAAGUUAAGGAGGCCUUGGGUGGCCAGAUGGAGAGGGACAAGGAAUAUUUGGGUUCAGUUACUGCCCGCCAGCUGAUGGCUCUGCAAGAGGUGGAUCAGCUAAAAAUGCCAAGUGAUGUUCUGGGACUUAACCAAACUCCCUUUCAAAACCACUCAAGUCUGCAGACACCUGCAAGCCUACCAGGAGGUAGCAAUAAAAUGGCAGCAAGUAUUUCUUCCUUUAAAACAGGUGUCAGUGAGCCUCCUGUAAAUGAAGCCAACUGCAAGCCAGCCUCGACAUCCUCUUCUGCCAUAUCAGCUAUGGAUGACAAAGAUGUAGUUAGCACAACCAACUCUAUCUUGACUCCAAAGACCAUGCAACAAGAACCCCAGUUUCCCAAAGAAAACGAUGGUGAGAAUAAAAGAAUUUCCAUAAACAAGUUUGACACUACUACUCCAGACUCAUCCAGACCAGCAGUAUCUACUUCAAAUAUUCCAAGGGAACAUGUCAUCGAUCCAGCUCAGCUACAAGCUCUUCAUGCAGCAAUGCAAACUGACCAAGCAGCUCUGCUCACUAGUCCCCUCCUGCCCUAUAUGAUGUCUGGUUUCCCUCCUCUUUUUCCUCCCCAUAUCCCUGCACCCAUGUCUAAUGGACUUCUGCAACCUAUGUUUGGCAUAGAUAGCAUGUUCCCAUAUGGUCCCAUCUUGCCACAGGCCCUAAUGGGGCUGUCAACAGGCUCCAUUCUCCAGCAAUAUCAACAAAAUCUGCAGGGUGCAUUGAUGCAACAAAGACUACAGCUGCAACAGAAACAGUUGCAGCAACCAGAGAAACCAAAACCUGCUCGCCUUCAUCAAGAAGACUCCAGAGGAUCUGUUGUGGAUUCAACCAAACAUGACAAGAAACAAGAUGCACCCAAGAACACAGAUUCCCCCUCUGACUCUGUCAACACUAAGCAGCAACUAGAUGAUACUAUUCUCAGAAGCCACUGUAUUGUCUCCAAAGCAGUGUGUGGAGAGGAGGGCAACGAUGGUCAAACUUAUGACUGCCUUGCCUGUGAGGUGUCUUUCACCGGGGAUGCAGAGCUCAUCAAGCACCUGGAAUACACUCAUCAUAGACAAAGAGUGGCAGAGAAAAUGAUUUCCAAAGAGCAUGCUACUCCUCAAUUACCUCACAUCAGUCCCUCAUCUACCUCUCAGCCAGACCCAUCCAGCGAACCGAGAUCGUCUUCAGCUACCCAGUCUUCUUUAGGGAUUCCGUCUGCAACCUCUAUCCCUUCAGCAACAAGUUCUGACCAAUGUACAUCCGAUCUACAAUGUCCCCAAAGCUCUUCUUCGACUUCAGCUUUACCCGAGACUGCCCAAAGCUCACUGGCUUCUCUUUUGCCUUCCAAUGAUACCUCAAGCCUGACAAGCCUCAUAAAGACUUGUCACAUAGAACCUGCAGACUCUGCAGAUGGGCGUUGUGAUGGGUCGAAGAAGGGACAAGACUCAACGUAAUAUAGUGAAGCAAGAGGUUUGAUGCUUUCCAUAUCAGUUGUUUUUAUGACUUGGCCAGCCUCGGAGGAAACUUUACAUAACAGGCAAGAGAAAAGUCCAACAAAAUGCGUCCACUGGGGGGAAGACAUGUCUCGCUAGUUUGACAGACUGUUUUAAAUGGACUGAAUCCUGUAGGAUCCUACUUGCAUUACCAGUGCUUGUAACCAAAAACAAGUGUCAGUAGAAUGUUUUUUUCCAUUUCAAUAUGCUGGUUUUUAUCUAAAACUUGAGUAUAUGUGAAAGUGUUUGGAAACUAAAGGGUGCACAGCUAAAGACUGGUGAAGAACCUAAGAUGGUUUCUUUAUUACCUAACUAACCAAAAGUCUGUUUAUGACAUAGAAGUCUGAACAGACCCUCACAAAACACCCACACUAUUUUUUGCCCUGUUAAGUGUUAAAAUAUUAUAUUAUUGGCUUAAUGAAGUGAUGUAAUGUAUUUCGAUGUUGUCUUCUCUCAGGUCAACAGCUCUCAAUUUUGUUCUGUUACAAGACAUACCAAUAGAAAAUAUAUGAAGCCCAAAAGAAAAAGUUUAAUGAAUGAAAAUGUUGAUUCUGAUUUGCUUGAAAUUGCAACUAAGCUUUUAAAUGUUUUUCGUUGUGGACAUUUAUUUGUCCAGACACAAAGUCGACCAUUGUAAAUUGUGCAAAAAAAACAAACAAGUUUUAGUUUAUUCUUUCUUUUUGGAAAAACGACAAAAACAUUGUGUUAAUGAUAGAUACAUGUAUGAACAUUUUGGUGUUGCGUAGAUUGUCGAAUUCAAAUGACUUAAUUGUAUGGUAGGUUUAAAACAAAUGACUUGUAUAUUUAACUUUUGUAUUGUCCCAGUCAAAGACACUUGAGGCUGUUUGCUCAUGUUAAAACAUUUAGCAUUUACUCUCGAAUGCUGUUGAAAAAUUGUCACUGUACAACCAACUUCCUCUCCUGCACUGAGCCAAGUUCAAAGACCCUAUCUGUGUAUGAAUUAGAUCGAUGCACAUCCUGAAGAUAUUUUCUAUUUUUGUUGUCUUUCAAACAGAACGUUUUAAUUGUGCACUUAAUUUUUUUCAAUACUGUAAAAAAACGGUAGUACUUUGUUCUUUUUCAUUAUUUCUUAACAUUUCUGCACUUGCCAUAAAUAACAAUAACGAUGAUGAUGAUAUUAUGAAACAAUAAUAACUUACAGUAUUGCUUUAAAGGAAAAUCCAAAGAUAACGUAGUCUUACCAUUGGUGCAUACAAAGGAUAAAACUUUAUACUUGAGAAACUAUUACUGUUUUUAAGGAAUGGAAAUCUUUUUAGAUGAUGGAGCCAGCUACAAGAAUACUGUUUUAGCUAACUUAUUAGAACAUUUGUGACCUCAUAUAAGAAACAACCAGAGAACCAAAAAUAAAAGCAGGAAAACAAAACCGAAUGCUUACUCUGUGGAUAUAGGACAGCACUGCUGUGUAGCCAUUGUAGUUUGUAUUAUAGAGGUGGAGAUCACACACAGUUUGCUUCUCUAUGUCUGGUCUUUCUUUUUCAUUUCUUGUUCGGUCUUUUAAAUGUACUGGGUCGAAUUGUCGAGGAUAUAGAGUGUGCUGCUAAUGUAGGUUUGUACUAAGAUGCAUGCUUGAUUUUGCUUUUCGCCGAAGCUUUAACGACAACCGUCAGUAGCCACGACGUCGUCCUCGUCUCACUGCAGCUCUGUCCACACAUGACUGAAGACUGUGAUGAUUUUAUUUCUUAAACUACAUUAUGUCCUUCUAGCCAACCAAUGUUGAAAACCAAUGAUGUUAUAUUUAUACAAAGUUUGCAUUCCAAAUAUCACAUUGUCAUUUCUUUUUUGUUUUUAUUGUAUUCUGCUUUUAAGGGGACUGUGUAACAUAUUCUCUCACUACUGAGGAUGAACUGUUACUCUAUGUAAUGUUAUUACUGUAGCGAUCGCCAAAUAAUGUAUGUUCAUGAUGCACUUGGGUUUAUUCAUGUGACUCACUGGGCUAAUGUCUCCCGUUCUCUUAUAUACAAGCAUUCAAAGUGAAUAAAAAAGUUUUCUUUUAA